CAAAUGACUGAUGCAGAUAUUAAGUGGGUUUUUUUCUAAUUUUUGACAGGAGUGUGCAACAGUGAGAAUGGAAGAGGCCGUUCUACUCAAUCAAACAACUGCACUGACAUAUUUUCGGCUUAGAGGUCUAUCUACAAAUCAGAACGUGCAGAUGGCUGCAUUUGCCAUGUUCCUUGUGUUCUAUGUCCUGACACUGAUGGGAAACAUCCUCAUUGUCAUAACCAUUAUCUAUGACCAUCAUCUCCAUAGCCCCAUGUAUUUCUUUCUCAGCAACCUAUCCUUCAUCGAUGUGUGCCACUCCACCGUCACUGUCCCCAAGAUGCUGAUAGACACCUGGUCAGAGGAGAAGCUCAUCUCCUUUGAUGCCUGUGUAACGCAGAUGUUCUUCCUGCACCUCUUCGCCUGCACAGAGAUCUUUCUCCUCACUGUCAUGGCUUAUGAUCGGUAUGUGGCCAUCUGCAAACCGCUGCAGUACAUGACAGUGAUGAACUGGAAAGUGUGUGUGCUGCUGGCUGUGGCCCUCUGGACAGGGGGUACCAUCCACUCCAUAGCGCUGACCUCGCUCACCUUCAAGCUGCCCUACUGUGAUCCUCAUGACAUUGACAACUUCUUCUGUGAUGUGCCUCAGGUGAUCAAACUGGCCUGCGCUGAUACCCACAUCAUUGAGAUUCUCAUCGUCUCCAACAGUGGGCUGAUCUCCGUGGUCUGUUUUGUGGUCCUUGUGGUGUCCUACGCAGUCAUCCUGGUGAGUCUGAGGCAGCAGAUCUCAGAAGGCCGGCGGAAGGCCCUGUCCACCUGCGCGGCCCACCUCACCGUGGUCACACUCUUUCUGGGACACUGCAUCUUCAUCUAUUCCCGGCCAUCCACCAGCCUCCCAGAGGACAAGGUGGUGUCUGUGUUUUUCACCGCUGUCACACCGCUGCUGAACCCUAUCAUCUACACCCUUCGGAAUGAAGACAUGAAAAAUGCCUUGAACAAGUUAAUGGGGAGGGUGAAGGGAAGAGAAAAGAAAUGAAAAUGUCUAAGCCCUUAUGGUGCCUGGUGUUCCAAAUUAAAGAAAUGCCUAGCAAAGAUAUGUUACAAG